CCUCUCGCAGCUGAACCUUGGACUUUUUGUUUGUUUGUUUGUUUGUUUGUUUGUUUUCCCUCUUCUCCCAGGUUUACAAAGUUAAAGCGUGGAGAUGCAUACCAGCCAGAUGAAGAACAGGAUCCUGGGCCUGAUGAUGUUCAACGUCCUCCUCUUCAUCCUGGUGGACAUAUCCAUGAAGUACACCCACGUCAGGGACCAGAACAGUAAGGUUCGAAUCCCGUCGACGCGCUUCUGGAAGAAGCUCACGGUCAGUGAGGCCUUCUGGAACCGUCGGCAGCAGCUGCUCGACCACAUACACAACCCGCUCUUCGCGUCGGCAAUCGCCGCGGGCAACGACACGCUCAUAGACGCCGCCACCAUCCCAGCGGGGAUACUCGCCUGGAUAAACGACACGAGUCCCGAAGACCCCUGCGCACCUGACCACAGCAUGGCGUCAAGAGUGAAGGACUACGAUCAGCUGCCGCAGCGCUUUAAGGACUUCCUGCGGUACAUGCGGUGCCGGUCCUACCCCAUGGUGCUGAACGUGCCGGACCUUUGCCAGGAGCCCCCGUUCCUGCUCCUGGCGGUGAAGUCCCUGUCGCCCCACUUCGACCGGCGCCAGGCAAUCCGCCAGUCCUGGGGCCGCGCGGGCACGUUUGCGGGGCAUAAGGUCGUCACGGUGUUUCUCCUCGGCAACGCCGCGUCAACGGAUCACUUCCCGGACCUGUCGGGGAUGGUGCAGCAUGAGUCGGCGCUCCACGGCGACAUCCUCCAGUGGAACUACCGUGACACCUUCUUCAACCUGACCGUCAAGGAGGUUCUCUUCCUGGAGUGGCUCCACCACAGCUGCCCCGGCGUCAGCUACGUCUUCAAAGGCGACGACGACGUCUUUGUCAACACACACCGCAUCCUGAACUACCUGGGCGGGCUCCGGCGCUCCAAGUCCCGGGACCUCUUCAUCGGCGACGUGAUCACGGGUGCCGGUCCGCACCGCAACAAGAAGCUAAAGUACUACAUCCCCGAGAGCGUCUUCCAGGGCAACUACCCACCGUACGCUGGCGGAGGGGGAUACAUCUACUCGGGCGACGUGGCUAUGCGGCUCUACAAUGCCUCGCAAAAAGUCUCGUUGUACCCCAUCGACGACGUCUACACGGGCAUGUGCCUUCAGAAAAUCGGCCUGCUGCCAGAAAAGCACAAGGACUUCAAGACAUUUAACAUUGAUGAGAAGUACCGGGACAAUGCUUGCAUCUACAGCGCUCUCAUGCUUGUCCACAGUCGGACUCCACAGGAAGUUAUCCAAAUCUGGUCCUGGUUACAGGACCCUGGCCUGAGAUGUCAGGCUGUGACAAAGGUUGUUGGAUAAGACUUGCUAACAACUUUUUUAGUCUUUUAAGUUUGCUGGCAGA